AUUAAUUCGUCUGACUGCUCUUUUCCAGACUCGGAUGUGCCGGCGGAGCUCAGAGUUGCAAAUGGGUCGCAAAAGUUUGUGAAUUUCACUUCGACCAUCCAAAACCAGCUGCUGCUGGUGUCGCUGCUGGAGCAUCUCUGCCACAUGUACACGCACAACCCGGUUCAUUCGAGGUGUUUGUUCCGAAUACUUCGUCAGGCUUUCACAAGAACAGGGUUGCUCUCCCCUUUUGCCUUCUGUGAUGAAUUUAGUACUGUAAGACUGCAGCAUAAUAGAGCCAUUACUGAACUAAUGAAAGCAGCUAAUCAACAAAUACUUAAUGGGGAAAUUGAUAACGGAGAUUCUCAUGCAAUUGGGGAAAAAGAAGUUCUCUUUGAAGCACAGACGUCUCGAUACUUGAAUGAAUUUGAUGAGGUUGCAAUACUAGGAAAAGGAGGAUAUGGUAAAGUAUACAAGGUCAGAAACAAGUUAGAUGGUCAGUUCUAUGCUAUUAAAAAAAUUAACAUCAAGAAGGCUACAAGAAGAGAUUGCAUGAAGGUGCUACGAGAAGUUAAAGUGCUGGCUGGGCUGCAGCAUCCUAAUAUUGUAGGCUAUCACACUGCUUGGAUGGAACAAGUUCAAACAUUACACCCAAAAGAUAAAACAAUAAUGCAGUUGCAGGCAUUAUCUUUGGAGCAAGAGAGCAGCAACCAUCGCUGUCACAUUCAGAGUGUGGAAAGUGGUAGUUCAAUUAUCUUUGCUGACCUUACUUCACAAGGAAAGAAGUCCUGUGAUGAUACCAGUCUUAGAAAUCCGAGCAGUGAAUCAGCACAGAAUAUGAAUGUAAGGAAUGAUUUUACAAACAGCAAUAGUAAAGAGUGUAUGAAACCAAACAAAUGUGAAUUAUCCAUAGAACUACAAGAAGACUCUGUAAGUAGGGUUAGCAGUAGAUCAGCUGAUGUGAAAAAUCAUUCAUCACGAGGACCUCAUUCUAGUCUGGAUGAAGAUUCUAGCACUGGGAGUAAGUCCUGCAUUGAAGUGUGCUCCAAGAACGAUGUGGCUCUCUGUGGAGAGUUUGAGGUGGAGUAUCGUUUGAUGCUUCAUAUACAAAUGCAACUCUGUGAAUUAUCCUUGUGGGAUUGGAUUGUUGACCGUAAUAAAAGAUGCAAUGAGAGAACAGAGGAAACUUCCAGUCCAUACCAUAUUGUGGAUGCCCGCUGGACAAUGAAAAUUUUUCAAGAGUUAUUAGAAGGAGUAUGCUAUAUACACAGCAUGGGAGUGAUGCAUCGAGAUAUUAAACCCAGAAAUAUCUUUCUACAUGGAUCAGAUCAUCAUGUAAAAAUAGGAGACUUCGGAUUAGCCUGCAAAGACCUUGUUUGGGAUGAUGCAGACAAGUGGUUUAAGACAGAAAGGAUAAAUGGACUAACACACACUUCAGGAGUGGGGACUUGCCUCUAUGCCUCACCAGAACAAUUGCAAGGAUCUCACUAUGACUUCAAGUCCGACAUGUACAGCAUGGGUGUUAUCCUGCUAGAACUCUUCCAACCAUUUGGAACAGAAAUGGAAAGAACAGAAGUUCUUACACAUUUACGGACUGGCCAGAUUCCUCACAUGUUCUACAAAGAAUGGCCUGUUCAAGCCAAGUACAUUAAACUCCUUACCAGUCAGAGAUCUACAGAAAGACCAACUGCUGCUCAGCUUCGUGAAAGUGAACUAUUUCAUACCCCAGAACAUGUUAUUUCUAACCUACAACAGAAAGUGAGACAGCAAGAGGAAGAAAUAAAGAAGCUGAGAGAGAGAAUAAGACUGCUUUCUGAUAAACAAGAUGAAUGUAUGGAACUAGGUUCUCCUGUUUAAGUACAGGAAGAACUAACCUCUAUUGUAUUCUAAGUUAUAUAAAACAUUUCAUUUUUACAUAAAAAUAUUUCAAUGCAUUUU